GCUCUUAGCUAGGCCCCCGCGCCGAGGUCGAGAGACCAGCCCGGCACCGAUCCUCGUACCCGCAAGGCCGCAACGACACCCUCUCUCUCCCUCUCAACAAGCUCCGUUCCUCUCCUCUGCCCUCCCGUCUCGGGUUCAGGACUUCAGGUACGUAGUCCGUUCAUGGCACAGGGUUCUUGUUCUAGCUUGUAGCUGGUUCGUUCCUCCUGCAUGCAGCAUGCAUCCCAUCCCAGAAAAAAAAAAGCAUGGCUGAUCUUGAAAUUAAGCCGAGAGGCGGAAGUCGAUCUGCGCGCAUGGAUCGGCGGCCGGAGCGCAAGGCGAAGCGCGCCAGGGAGGAGGACGAGCAGGGCGGCGCGGCGCCGGCGGACUUCCCGUUCGAGGAGGCGGCGGGGGCGGACGACGCCUGGGAGGCGUCGCGGCGGCCGCCGGGGGUGUUCCAGUUCCCGUGGCAGAAGUGCCGCGGCGGGCUCGGCGUGUCCCCCGCCACGGGCGCGGGCGCGGGCGCGGGCGCCGGCGGCGCGGGGUGGGAGCUGCGGGACGUCUUCUUCCGCUCCCUCGUGGACGGCGGCGCCGCGGCCAUCGGCGUGCCGGGGGACCGCCUCGUGUCGCCGCCGCCCAGCAAGCGCGCGCUCCUCGAGGGCGUCGACGCCUGGCUCGCCGCGGCCGCCGACGGCGAGGUGGACCCGGUCUGGCGCUCCGCGCUCAUGUCGCGCCGCGGGCCGGCCUCGUCGGCCGCGUGAGUUGGGGUGGACGGACGGACGGACGCCGAGGACCCGCCCCCACCCGCGCACGCGCCGGGGAUGAGGCCCGCGUGGCAUUGAUUGCACCGCGGCGCCCCAUCAUCAGCCGAGUGACGCUGACGUGGAGCGAGGCACCGGUGUGGGGACCGCGGGGUGGUGAUGAUUAGGAUUCUCAAGAACGAUCAGGAACGUGUACAAAACCAUGGCCAUAUUAUUGGUGAUUCUUCGCUUGCCAAUAUCCCUUCUGCUCCUUGUAUAGUUAUCAUUUUAAACCUGUUUUUUGAUAAAAAAAAGAAGCAUUUUAAUUUUUGCUUA